GUGGAACGCUUCUGUUUUUUGUUUUGUUUAGCGUCCGCUGUAGUUAACGGCUUUCCUCUUAACUACCGUUUGUUUCUGUAUUAAUCAUCUGAAUCAGGAGAGGACCAGAAGUUAAUCGCCUCAGUGCGCUAAAUUCAAAGCUUUCAAACGAAGUUAGCAAGCAGAGCGUCAUUUAUGUAUUUCGCACUUGCAGCGAUUACAAAAAGCUUCAGUUGCAGCAUUAGCGCAUGUCAUUUUCAAUAGUCCUAUUUUUAUAAUAACAGCGUUUUGUGAAUUAAAAAUCGAAUGAAUUUAGGUCAAGGUCUAUCCUAAAGGUCCGGUUAGAAAUAAAGCUUCAACUAAACUCUGCCACCGCAGACCGGGUGAGCAGUAGCGUUAGAGCUAUGGCUUUACCGACGCUUUCAGCGCACUGGCCGGGUCGUGUGCGGGGUCUGGAGAGGCAGCUGGUGCGGCAGCGGGAGCAGGAGGCUCGCUGGAGGCAGCAGUGGGAGCUGCACUCUCAGUACUUCAGAGAGCAGGAGGUCCGAAGCAGCAAACAGGCGCAAUGGAGCUCACGGCAGUCCUUCCAGCGCAGUAUGUCAGCAUUUCAGCGGGAGCGAAUGAAGGAGGAGAAGCAGCGGAAGCUGGAGGAACGCAGGGAGCGUCUGAGGAUAAUGCUCCAGGAAGAGAGAGACCAGUUGGAGGCCGAGCUCAGAAAUGUUCGCCCAGACAGAGCCACACUGACCAGACAGCUAGUGGAAAAAACAGAUGCCCUCCGGUCUGCCAGAGAAGAGAGGAGGAAAAAUCUUGCACAGGAGCUGCUGAGGGAACACUGGAAGCAGAACAACCCAGAACUGCGGAAGGUGGAGUCAGGGUUGCACAAAGAUCACGUUGUGAGCCAGUGGCAGGUUCAACAGCAGGAGAGAAAACAGGUUGAUGAGAGAACUCAGGAGGAGAAACGGCGUUUUGAGAAUGAGUAUGAAAGGACAAGACGGGAGGCUCUGGAGAGAAUGAAAGAAGAAGAGGAGAAGAGAAGACAAGAGGAUAAGAAGCGAGCUGAAGACCUCCGUAAACAGAUGAAGGAACUCAAACUACGGGAACAGGAAGCAGAGCAUCUUAAGCAGGAACAGGAGGCUCUAAUGUCUCAACGCUGGGAGCUUGAGAAGCUAGAAGAUGAGAGGAAAAGGAUGGAGGAAAGCAGGAGGAAAACUGAAUUUGGGCAUUUCCUGACUCGUCAGUACCGCGCUCAGCUGAAAAGGAGAGCACAGCAGGUGCAAGAGGAACUGGAGGCAGAUCGCAAGAUCCUGGCUGCACUGCUGGAGGGAGAAGUGGAAGAGCAGAGACUGGAGAAAGCCAGGAGAGAGAGAGCUGUCGCUGACGCCGCCUGGAUGAAGAGAGUCAUAGAAGAGCAGCUCCAGCUGGAGAGGGAGAGGGAGGCAGAGUUUGAUAUUCUAUAUCGGGAGGAAGCUCAGCGUGUUUGGGAGAAGAGAGAGGCAGAGUGGGAGAAAGAGAGGAGGGCCAGAGAGAGACUCAUGCGGGAGGUCUUGACAGGACGUCAGCAGCAGUUGGAGGAAAGAAUGAAGGAGAACAGGCUGGCAAGGGAAGAGUCUCUACAGAGGAGAGAAGAGCUCAUCCAGCUGCUGGAGCAAGAGAGACUCACCCUCCGGCAGGAGAAGGAUCAGCAGGAGGGAGCCCGAACCUCUCGCAUGCAGGAGAUCAAUGCACAGGUGGAGCAGAGGCGCAAGGAACAGUGGGAGGAGCAGCGACGACAAGAGCAAGAAGAACUACAAGAGAGGGAGGAGCUUAGACAGCAGGAGGAGGAGCUUCGUCUUGAGACAGAGAGAAUGACUCGACAGGGCUACAAGGAGAGAAUUCACAGCAGACCCCGGUCAGCAUGGACAUGAGAGCACUUCAUGGGAAGAGUCUUUGUGCCACAUCCCCUAUCAGAUGCUAGGAGCAUUUUCUAGCACAGUUUUUCAUUCAGAAUCGGGGAUAUCUAUGUCCAUGUUGAUCUCGGCCACUUUGUGCUUAAAUGAGAGCCAGGUUCCCCCUGAGAAAUGCUCUGUUAAUAUAAAUUGUUUAUGAUUUACAUUAUGGCUUCCAUAAAUAGUUGUUUAGGUAAGUUCUCAAUUUUACAUUUCCAUUGCACUAGUGCUAAGCAUGUAGGCCUGUUUUUAUAUGUAAAUUGUUUUGUACAGAUGAAUUUCAAUGUUGACAAGGUUUUCAAUAAAAAAUAAUGUUAUGUUUUGUCUACUGUAUUCAAAUAGAAUGAAGAUUUUUAACUGGAUAGCAGUGUGUAAAAACAGUAUAAAAAUAUGCAAAGUCAACACUGUGAAAAAAGACGUGAUGUGAUGAGAGGAUUGCUUCUAUGAUAAUUAACAUUGAUUGUAAUGAGUUUUAAAUUAAAUGUUUACAUUUGUUUUCUUAAUUGACAUGUUGUGGAGUUUAAAAACACAUUUUACAGUGUUUUACAGUUAUAGUGCUAAAUAGUGCAUAUCGGUUUUAAGAUUAAAAGUGCAUGUAAGGUAAAUAUGUAAUUAGGCCAUCCAAAUCGUAGAAGAGUUUGUUUCUUCAUCAUCAGAACAGAUUUGGAAAAAUUUAGCAUUGCAUCGCUCACCAAUGGAUCCUCUGCAGUGAAUGGGUGCUGUCAGAAUGAGAGUUCAAACAGCUGCUAAAAACAUGACAAUAAUCCACAAGCAAUCUUGUCCAUCAGUUAAUGUCUUCUAAAGUGAAAACCUGAAUAUUUGCAAUAAACAGUAUCAAGC